AGAACCUCUGAAGAUUUCUCUCACUGCAACUUUCCCCUAGCCAAGGUACUGACAGACUUUGUGUGCAGGUGUGUACUGUGUUUGCAUAAUGUGUGCCUGUGUGUCACCUGUCUGUCCGUCUGUCUGUCUGCCUGCCAGUCAGUUUGUCUGUGCCUAUUAAGUUAAUCUCAACACUACGCUCAGGAAGUUGAAAUGGACCCGGGGGGCCCAUCGCCCCUCAUACAUUUUGUGGUGGCGAAGAAGACUAUCAACGGUAUAUUUGAUCAGCUGCUGGAGUAUGUCAAAGAGGGCUCAGAGUUUGUGGACGAGACAUGGCGAAGUGCGGAUCUGGAGCAGGUCGCAGUUGAGGAGCAGUGCCUUGAAAUCCAGACUUGUGCUAGGAAACUGGCCACCAUUCGGGAGGUGCUGGCUCGUAGGCACAUGAAGGUAGCCUUUUUUGGGAGGACGAGUAACGGUAAAAGCACGGUGAUCAAUGCUAUGCUGAGGGACCGGGUGCUGCCCAGCGGCAUUGGCCACACCACCAACUGCUUUUUGAGGGUGGAAGGCACAGACGGGGACGAUGCCUACCUCACCACCGAGGGCUCUGAUGACAGAAAAAGUGUCAAGUCAGUCAAUCAGCUGGCCCAUGCCCUGCAUAUGGAGCGCAGUCUAGACUCAGGCUGCCUAGUGAAGGUGUUCUGGCCCAAGUCCAGGUGUGCCCUGCUGAGGGAUGACCUUGUUAUUAUGGACAGCCCAGGGACUGAUGUGACCUCUUACCUGGACAGCUGGAUCGACAAAUUCUGUCUGGAUGCUGACGUCUUUGUGUUGGUGGGCAAUGCAGAGUCCACACUGAUGAACACAGAGAAGCUGUUUUUCCACAAAGUGAGCGAGCGAAUAUCCAAGCCAAACAUUUUUAUCCUGCACAACCGCUGGGAUGCCUCUGCGUGGGAGCCCGAGUACAUUGAAGAAGUGCGUAAGCAGCACAUGGACCGCUGUGUGAGUUUCCUGGUGGAGGAGCUGAGGGUGGUGAGACAAGAGGAGGCGCCAGGCCGGAUCUUCUUUGUGUCGGCCAAGGAGGUGCUCAGCUCCAGGAUGCACUGUGCCCAGGGCAUGCCCGAGACAGGAGGCGCUUUAGCAGAGGGAUUCCACGAGAGACUGAGGGAGUUCCAGAGAUUCGAGAGGACUUUUGAGGAGUUCAUCUCACACUCUGCGGUCAAGACCAAGUUUGAGCAGCACACGCUCAGGGCGUGGCAGAUCACAGAAGCAAUCAAAGCAGUCAUGGACGCCAUAAAUAUCGCAUCCGCCGAAAGGAAGAUAUUUUCCCUGGAGGACCGAGAGGACCAGAAGGACCGUCUAGAUUUUGUCAGAGGCCAACUUAACCGCCUGACUGAGAACGUCAAAGAGAAAAUCAACACCAUAACAGAUGAGGUGGCUGCCAAGGUGACCGUUGCCAUGGUGGAGCAGAUUCGUGGUCUCCCAGCGCUGGUUGAUGAGUUCAGUGCUGAUUUUAUAGCAACACCACAUGCAUUGCCGCUCUACAAAGCAAAGCUUAUGAUGCAUGUGGAAGAGAGGAUGAGUACAUCUUUGGCCUUUCGUUGUUCCACUGGGAUCCUUGGCCACAUGCAGUCAUGCCAGAAAAACAUGAUUGAGAAUGUUCGGCCGCUGCUGCCCCCUGCUGUCCAGGAGCAGUUCCACAUUCACCUACCCAGCAGGAAGUUUGUCCUGACCUACGACCUUAACCUGGCCACCCUCUGCGCUGACUUCCAGGAGAACAUCGACUUCCAGUUCUCUCUCGGCUGGACUGCCCUUGUCAGCCGAUUCAUUGGGCCGAGCAAUGCCAAACGAGCCCUGAUGGUCAUGAACCAGAAGUUUCAGGUUAGCCAUGGUGGCCACCAGUGUCAUAUGCCCUUAAAUUCUCUCCAGAAUACCUCUCCUACUGCACUCCAGGCACAUGGUGGAACCAGCCUACAGGACCACGUGGCCUUUUCAAUGGCAACAGGUGUAGUGUCACUCACCUCCAGAGCCUCCAUGACUGUGCUUGUCAUUGGUGGAGUGGUGUGGCGCUCAGUGGGCUGGAGGCUCAUCGCCCUCUCCGCAACACUUUAUGGCCUGCUCUACCUGUACGAGAAGCUGACGUGGACCAACGCCUCCAGGGAACGGGCUCUGAAGCAGCAGUUUGUGGAGCUCGCCAUCCACCGACUUAGGGCCAUCAUCCCCUUCACCAGCGGGAGCUGCAGCCAGCAGGUUCACCAGGAGUUGGCAACGACCUUUGCCCGUCUGUGCCAGCGGGUUGACCUGAGCGAGGUGGAGCUGGAGGGGCACAUUCGACUACUGAGUGGCAGGAUCCAGAGACUGGAGAACGUCCAGCGACGCUCCAAGACUCUCAGACACAGAGCCACAGAUCUGGAGUCUCAGCUGGAGGCAUUCUCUGCCCAGUAUCUGCAGAAUCAGUGCUGAGUGAACAGAUCCUCACCAGGAGCUACAUUGAGAUUUUCAAUGGGACUGGUUCUAAAAUGGUCUGCGGUACCAUGAUCAUUCUAUAGAGAAACUACUCAGUUUCCAAGAACCAAUUUAAAACCAAAAACAGGCAUUCCCACAACAUCCAAGGAACCAAAUGUUCUAGCUGGAUAGCAUCUGGAUGUGUCAUUGCAUGUGUUAUCGCAUGGGGCACAUCUCACACAGGUACAGUGCAUUCGGAAAGUAUUCAGACCCCUUGACUUUUUCCACAUUUUGUUUUACGUCACAGCCUUAUUCUAAAAUGUUGUGAAUUAUUUUCAUUUCAUCAUCAAUCUACACACAAUACCCCAUAACGAUAAAGCAAAAACAGGUUUUUAGAAAUGUUUGCACAUUUAUAAAAAAAUCGAAAACUGAAAUAUCACAGUACUCAGACCCUUUACUCAGUACUUUGUUGAAGCACCUUUGGCAGCGAUUACAGCCUUGAGUCUUCUUGGUUAGGACGCUAUAAGCUUGGCACACCUGUAUUUUGGGAGUUUCCCCCAUUUUUCUCUGCAGAUCCUCUCAAGCUCUGUCAGGUUGGAUGGGGAGCGUAGCUGCACAGCUAUUUUUAGGUCUCUCCAGAGAUGUUCGAUUGGGUUCAAGUCUGGGCUCUGACUGGGCCACUCAAGGACAUUCAGAGACUUGUCCCGAAGCCACUUCUGCGUUGUCUUGGCUCUGUGCAUAGGAUCGUUGUCAUGUUGGAAGGUGAACCUUCCCCUUAGUCUGAGGUCCUGAGCGCUCUGGGGCAGGUUUUCAUCAAGGAUCUCUCUGUACUUUGUUCUGUUCAUCUUUCCCUCAAUCAUGACUAGUCUCCUAGUCCCUGCCACUGAAAAACAUCCAGACAGCAUUCAGGCCAAAGAGUUCAAUCUUGGUUACAUCAGACCAGAGAAUCUUGUUUCUCAUGGUCUGAGAGUCCUUUAGGUGCCUUUUGGUAAACUCCAAGCGGGCCUUUUACUGAGUAGUGGAUCCGUCUGGCCACUCUACCAUAAAGGCCUGAUUGGUGGAGUGUUGCAGAGAUGGUUGUCCUUCUGGAAGAUUCUGCCAUCUUCACAGAGGAACUCUGGAGCUCUGUCAGAGUGACCAUCGGGUUCUUGGUCACCUCCCUGACCAAGGCCCUUCUUCCCUGAGUGCUCAGUUUAGCCGGUCAGCCAGCUCUAGGAAAGUCUGAUUGGUUCUUUUAAUUUUAAAUACAUUUGCAAAAAUCUCUAAAAACCUGUUUUCACUUCAUCAUUAUGGGGUAUUCUGUGUAGAUUUAUGAGGGGGGAAAAAUGAUUGAAUCCAUUUUAGAAUAAGGCUGUAACGUAACAAAAUGUGGAAAAAGUCAAGUGGUUUGAAUGCUUUCCGAAUACACUGUAUACAGGGCCAAGCUGAUUCAGUAAAACACAAUAAAAUAACAGGCAUAGUGCCAUACAGUAUUUUAUUUAGACAGUUGUGAAAUCACAGAGGGGUAGACAGAGAGAUGGGAGUAACUGUAUGACGUUUUAGGUCUCAUUGGAUGUUUUAGGGCUAGAUUCAAUCAGCGCUAUAGUUCGCUAUGAGGUCAUUUCCAAUUGAGCCGACAUACGCAGCAUUUACCAUGAAUGCAGUCUCUGCGAAUGCUGGAAAAUUGCCUUUAAAUUUGAAUCGCGCUAUAGCACUGAACUUUGGCAUUACGGAUUGAAUCGAGCCCUUGGAGUGAAGAAUGAACCCCGGUCUGCGGUGGGGAGAGGGAGUAUAUGUGUCUAGAGCCUGUGGUAUUACUGCUAGACUACGGGCUCUGCACACACCAUACAGUAUUGCCAUGAAGACACUUUUGUUAUACAGAUGGGACUUGUUGUGACUUCCUAUGAUCUAAGUCAGUUGUAGUUUUUCACUCAUAUUGUACAGUAUUUGUAGUUCAGGCUACUGAGUUUGAAAUGAAUCUCUUUUUCAGCUUUACAAACAUCAGUUAAUUUCCAGCUCAAAAAUAAUGUUAGUAUUGACACACUUUAGCAAAAUAAUAGGAUAAAUAUAUGGUAGACGGUUCAUUUAGCUGCUAAGUUCUACACCCAGUUUUGUCACCUUUGUACCAAGUAAACUCAAAUGUAUUGUACUUGCAUUUUCUGAAACUCUGCACAUUACAUUUGGUAUAUUAGAGAGACACUGUUUAUUCAUGACUGUGCUAUUCAUCUUCACACAAGUGAAGAUAUGAAUAAACAGCUUUAGUUACUUCAUAUUUACUAAGUGCAAUAAAUCUGGCCAGAUAUUUCUUGGGUCUGUGUUUCUUGCCUGUUGAGGAUUUGCCACACCAAGGGGAAAAUAUUGUUUGACGGGAGGCAAUAUAUGGGUCGUUACAUGAAUAUAGAGCCUGAUAUUUUCUCUAAUAAUUUAAGUAAAGAUUUUGCACCAGUGUUGAAUUUUAAAAGCCUGCUAUAUUUAAUGAAGUGCCCUUUAAUACACUGAGUGAACAAAACAUGAUGAACAUAGACGGAGCAGGGGAAAGUUAUGAUCCCUUAUUGAUGUAACUUGUUAAAUCGACUUCAAUCAGUGUAGAUGAAGGGGAGGAGACAGGUUAAAGAAGGAUUUGUAAGCCUUGAGACAAUUGAGACAUGGGUUGUGUAUGUGUGCCAUUCAGAGGGUGAAUGUGCAAGACAAAAGAUUGAAGUACCUUUGAACAGGGUAUGGUAGUAGGUGCCAGGCGCACCACUUUGUGUCAAUAACUGAUGGGUUUUUCCCGCUCAACAGUUUCCAGUGUGUAUAAAGAAUGGUCCACCACCCAAAUGACAACCAGUCAACUGGGGGAAACACAACAUGGGCCAGCAUCCCCGUGGAAUGCUUUCGACACCUUGUAGAGUCCAUGCCCCAAUGAAUUGAGGCUGUUAUGAGGGCAAAAAGGGGGGUGCAUCUCAAUAUUAGGACGUUGUUCUUAAUGUUUUGUAGACUCAGUGUAUAAACCACAUGGAAAAUUCAAUAAAUCUGACUUUCUUUUGUUCCAUAUUGUAUUUUCCCGAACUCUAUUAAGAUUUUAACCCACUUAACCCCAAGUUUUCAGAAUCAUUGUAAAGCCCUGGUUAUUUUGUUGCUUUGACAAAGUCAUUUCUGAAGAUGAUUAUUUAUUUAAUGUAAUUAGUGAUUCAUUUACACUUGUCCCUGUCACGUUCCUGACCUGUUUUCUGUUAGUUUUGUAUGUGUUAGUUGGUCAGGACGUGAGUUUGGGUGGGCAGUCUAUGUUUUCUGUUUCUAUGUUGGUUUUGGGUGACCUGAUAUGGCUCUCAAUUAGAGGCAGGUGGUUUUCAUUUCCUCUGAUUGAGAGUCAUAUUAAGGUAGGUGUUUUCACACUGUUUGUUUGUGGGUGGUUGUCUCCUGUGUCUGUGUCUAUGUACGUUGCGCCACAAGGGACUGUUUUCGGUUUGUUUGUUCGUUUGUUCGGUUUAUGUAGUCUGUUCCUGUUUCAUGCGUUCUUCGUGUCAUGUAAGUUCUUAUGUUCAGGUGCGUCUACGUCGUUUGUUGUUUUGUAGUUUGUUAAAGUGUUUUCGUGUUUUUUCGUCUUGAAUUUAAUAAAUCAUGUCAUCUCAAGAAGCUGCAU